CAUAUACACACAUAUACAUACGCACGUACACACACACACGUAUACACACACGUACACACACACACAUAUAUACACACACUACACAUUUGCGCUGAGCCAAAUGCAGAAUCACAUUCACACACCGCUGUCUUGGGCCAACAUUACCAACAUCGCCUGCACCACACUCGUUCAUCACCACCACCAUCACCACCGUGGUAACGCAGUAAUUACCAUCAACAACAACAACAUCGUCGUCACAUUCAGAAGACAUACAACCUGCUUGCAUGAGCACAAGCAGACACCAUCACGACCACCAUCACCAUUUUCAAAAGCUGACCGUCCUGGCCCCUCACGAGGAACAUGGAGUUUACGAAGGCACGCUCCUCGAGCCCCUCCUGCACCGACUUUCAGGACGCGAGGUUUCGGCUGGCCUUGGACCCCUGCCUCCACGGCCAGGGCCCCUUCUCCGCAGGGGGUCUCCCCAGACACGGGACCUUCCCGGGACACCAUCACCUCCACCACCACCAGCAGCAGCAGCAGCAGCAGCUGCAGCAUUGCCUGAUGCAGGGUCACUGUUGCUCUCCGCACGGCAGUCAGCUGAGCGUCAACCUCAGCGGCUGCUCGUGCCCUGAGACGGACGCUUCGCUGUCCCCGCUGCUGCAGAAGUUCUCGUGCAGCGCCUGCACCGCCAAGCAGCCGCAGCAGCAGCAGCCGCAGCAGCCGCAGCAGCCGCAGCAGCAGCAUCACCAGCUGAGCAGGGCGUCGAGCCCGACGGGCAGCGUGCGGCGGGAGAGCAACGCCUUCACCGAGAUCGCGAUGAGCAGCUGCAAGUACAAUGGCGGGGUGGUCAAGCCGCUGAGCCACCUGAGCACGUCCCGGAGAAGCCUGCAGGGAGGGCAGGAGGGAGACCACGGCGGCGACGCGGCCGUCUCGGCGAGGAGUCCGCAGCCCCUGCAGGGUCACUGCCACCACCACCACUACCACCACCACCAGCAGCAGCAGCAGCAGCAGACGCCCGAGAUCGUGGUGUCGAGGCCCGUAUGUGAACCGUCGCUGUCCGCGUCGGGGGUGCUGAGAAGUCCCUCCUUGCAGGGCGGCGCGCAGUCGCUCCACCGCCAGUCUCCGCUGUCACUACCUCCUCCUCCUCCGCCGCCGCCUCCUCCUCCUCCGCCGCCGCUGCCACAUCAUCAACACCACCACCAGCAGCAGCAUCAUCAACAACAGCAGCAGCAGCAGCAUCAUCAUCAACAGCAGCAGCAGCAGCAGCAUCCACCGCCACCCAAUACUCCACCUCCUCCUCCGCCGCCUCUUCUGCCUCCCGCGCCGCCGCCGCCGCCGCCGUUGCCGCCGGCGCGGUGCUCCACGGGCUCGACGGCGAAGGCGUGCAGCAGCAGCAGCAACAACAACAAGAAGAAGACGCAGAACAUCGGCUACAAGCUGGGCCACCGGCGGGCGCUGUUCGAGAAGCGGAAGAGGCUGAGCGACUACGCCCUAAUCUUCGGCAUGUUCGGCAUCGUCGUCAUGGUCAUCGAGACCGAGCUGUCGUGGUCCGUCUACGACAAGGCGUCCCUGUAUUCGCUGGCCCUCAAGUGUCUCAUCAGCCUCUCGACCAUCAUCCUGCUGGGCCUCAUCAUCCUGUACCACGCGCGGGAAGUGCAGCUGUUCAUGGUAGACAACGGUGCGGACGACUGGCGCAUCGCCAUGAGCUCCGAGCGCAUCUUCUUCAUCGCCCUCGAGCUCUGCGUAUCGGCCAUCCACCCGGUGCCCGGGCGCUACACGUUCGUGUGGACGGCGCGACUCGCCUUCUCCUACGCGCAGUCGGUGACCACGGCCGACGUCGACAUCGUCCUCUCCAUCCCCAUGUUCCUGCGCCUCUACCUGAUCGCGCGCGUCAUGCUGCUCCACAGCAAGCUGUUCACGGACGCGUCGUCACGCAGCAUCGGCGCCCUCAACAAGAUCAACUUCAACACGCGCUUCGUCAUGAAGACGCUCAUGACCAUCUGCCCCGGCACCGUGCUGCUCGUAUUCAGCAUCUCGCUGUGGAUCAUCGCCGCGUGGACGGUGCGCGCGUGCGAGAGGUACCACGACCCGCAGGACGUAACGAGCAACUUCCUGGGCGCCAUGUGGCUCAUAUCCAUCACUUUCCUCUCCAUCGGCUACGGGGACAUGGUGCCACACACCUACUGUGGCCGCGGGGUGUGUCUGCUUACUGGCAUCAUGCAGGGCGCUGGCUGCACCGCGCUCGUCGUGGCCGUAGUUGCCCGCAAGCUGGAGCUCACCAAGGCGGAGAAGCACGUGCACAACUUCAUGAUGGACACGCAGCUCACCAAGCGGGUGAAGAACGCGGCGGCCAACGUGCUGCGCGAGACGUGGCUCAUCUACAAGCACACGAAGCUCGUGAAGAAGAUCGACCACUCGCGCGUGCGCAAGCACCAGCGCAAGUUCCUGCAGGCGAUCCACCAAUUGCGCAGCGUCAAGAUGGAGCAGAGGAAGCUGAACGACCAGGCCAACACCCUCAUCGACCUGGCCAAGACGCAGAACGUGAUGUACGACAUGGUGUCGGAGCUGCACGAACGCAGCGAGGACACGGAGAAGCGCGUGGCGGCUCUCGAGGGCAAGGUGGACGCGCUGGCCGAGAGCGUCCACGCGCUUCCCGCGCUGCUCGCCCGGCUCCUGGCCACUCAAUACCCCUUUCACCUUCCCACCGCCCCCACCGCCAACACCGCCCCCACCGCCCCCACCGCCGCGGCGGUCCCCGGCGGAGGGGCCUCCCCGGCCGUGCCCCCCGUCGCUCCGAUCAGCAAACGGCAGCAGCAGCAGCAGCCGACUCCGCCGCGGAACGUCAGCGGCACCAGCGGUAGCGGCAGCAGCAGCAGCAGCAGCGGCAGCGACAGACUUACAGACGUACAGACGUACAUACCCUGGGACAGACUUACAAAUGGACGGGCAGAGUGACUGACUGACCAAGACUUCGACAGACACACACAGACUUACAGAAACAUAUUAACACUCGGCCGUACUGAAUUGACUGACACACUGGCAGACUUAGACGCACAGUUAUGGACAGGCACACAGAUAGGUAGACAAACACAGUUUCGGACAGAGAAAAAUACAUACUGUAUAUAGACAAUCAGAUGGCAGAUGUACUGACAGACAUACAGACAGAUACACAGACCUAAAGACAGAUUUCCAGACUGACGCGUUUACGAUAAAACAUGCACAGGAACAUACAGAAACUCAGACAGGCACACAGACGAACUGAAUUGGAAACACGCACACAGACUUACAGAUGGACAGGGAGACAGACAAACACACGGACUUAGAGACCCAUAAAGAGAUGGACUGACUUACACACACACAUACACACAGGGACUUACAGAUGGACAGACAGACGGAGGAGCCCUUGUGUGGGCCUGCGUUUGUGCAGGUGACGAAAUCAACUCCGGGCACGGUGGCGUCACCAGAGCUGGCGGUGUCAGCACCGACGGCCACAUUGAUGUCAGCGCUGGCGGCCAUCUUGGCUCUGGCCGCCAUCUUGGUUCCGGCGGCCAUUUUGGCGUCGUCGGUCGCGGCGCUCGGGGGGACGGCGGCCAGGUCGGUGGAGGCGCCGGCGCCCGCGGCCAUCUUGGUGCCAGCAGCCAUCUUGGUGGCAGUGGUGGCAGUGGUGGCCCCGGUGGCCAUCUUGGCGCCCGUGGCCAUCUUGGUGGUGGCGCUCGUGGCCAUCUUGGUACCGGUGGCCAUCUUGAUGGCAGUGGCGGCGGCCAUCUUGGCGGUGGUGGCAGCGGCCCGGCGACACCCUCGCACUCCAUGUUGCCCCCACUGUACGAGAGCAUCUCGUGAGAAACAGCGACGCUCUCCACAUCUCCUGCAUCGUCUCCCGCAUCGUCUCCCGCAUCAUCAUCAUCUACCGGCAACAGGCGCAACGACCCAGGGCAACCAGGUGGAGCAGAGGCGAGCGACUCCCUCCACCGCACAAGCAAGGAGGCCACGGGUUCGACUCCGUUAUGUGGUCGGCGCGAGGGAUCGCGCGGGAUGGAAUGGCGUUAAAGCUCAACUCAGUAUCAUCAUCAUCAUCAUCGUUAUUAUUACCACUGUUCUGAUCAUUGUUAUUUGAGAACUGUAUUUUUCCCGACAUGGAAAAGACGUCGAGGAAAUUGCCUCAAACUAAAUGUCGUUAACAAGCAGCAAAGAGAAGUAGGAGGAGGACUGUAAUGGAGCCAAAAUGAAGACUACAAAGUCUCUCGUUUCUUGUGGACCAGAACACACCGCUGAGUUCCUCCAUUCGUGCAACAUUCGCAGAGCCUUAAAUGAUCUGUCGUGUGCGCAGACGCACGCACGCGCGCGCGGAUACAUGAACAAACACGAACAUACAGCCUGUGUAGGCUGUCGGGGCAAUUACAGACACACGGAGACACACAUAGGUACACGCAUGCAUGGACACGUAAUGGUGGUGAUGUCGCCGCAGUGCUUGGUGCUUUGGCUGUCCAGUGUGGGCAGCAUGACCGAACCAACGCAGCCUCGCUCGCCAGAGGAGCUCACUGAUGGAACUGUCCAGAUCUUUCAAGGAUCUGUGAGCUCACACAAUCCCGCAUGGUUGAACCCAGGAUGGAUCAUAGGCAGGCCAGUCGGCACAUUUAAAGCAUGCUCCAGGUUCAGCGGCAGAGUCUCCAAUGCCUUCUCAAUUACCAGAUCAUCAGCAUACAUUGGUUGAUCAUUAGAGAGCCAUCCCGUGACCGCUCCAGGGCAUUGAUCAGCCUCCCAUUGUGUUCGUACCAGAUGGACAUUUCUUUGUUACAGCUAUGGAAUGGUUCUAAACCUACAUGGUAAAAAAAUACGUUAAAUAAUGUAAGGGAGAGAGGGCAUUUCUGUCGUACCCCAUGGUGAACAGGAUAUGGCCCUGAUUCUUGGCCAAGCACCUUUAUCAACAUGAAGAUACUUAUGAUUGUGAGCAGAGGGUCAUGGACCCCGAAAGUACGAAAAAUAAUCCAGAGCCCUGGCCUCAUGAUGGUAUCAUUGGCCUUGACCAGGUCAAUAAAACAGAGAUGUAGGUCCUGUUGAAUUUCGCUACACAUCUGCCUGUAGCAGAUGGACAUGAGACAGACCCAGGUGUUACGGGUUGACUGAGAUGACUGGCAGGUAGACCACCAGUGCCCCCGAUUGUGCCAACUGUGUGCUGGCAACAGACAUAUCUACGAACACGUACACCUACCUUACGUGAACUCGCACAUACUGUAUCACAACACAGACUAAUGUCACUUACGUAAUACGGAAACGCACGACUUCAUGUGCUUAUACACGUGCACGCGCACACAUAGACAAACACAGAACACAACACAGAGACGCACAUGGAGACACGUGUUCAGUACUUUGCUGUAUGUAUUUCGUUUUGAGUAGUGUACUGUGUUUGUGAUCCCGGUGUAAACGUAACGGCCAUGACGAGAUACACCCAAGGCCUUUUGUUACUUGAAUUGAAAGUAACGCCGCAUUGAAUCAAUUCCAUCACUUUUCUAAAAAAAAAUGCACCCAAAUAUAAUUAUGCGCGCGCAA